UUACAGAAAAAGAGCAUAACGUUUCGAAGAUUAUAUUCAGUUUUUUUUUCUCUUUCCUUCUUUCCUUCAUUCCUUCAUUCCUUAUUGUAAUCUAUCUACGCAAGAUUUACAUACGUCAUGGAACCCUUGAAGGUUAACAUACAAUCUCACGAGCAUCCAUUAACACCUGUGAAAAUGGAGUCAAAGUGUAAUUGGUGCGGACUCAAAUUCAUAGGUGUAACUGAUGGCUACCGGUGUGACCCAUGUAUUCCACAAGACAUGCGCCAACAAUACUUACAAUAUCGCCCACCCUUCUCAAACGUGUGAUAACAUUCUUAAUCAUACAUACAACUUUAAUAUAGGCGGAGGGAGAUGUGCAGGGUGUGGAGAGAAGAUCUACGAUAGCUUAAUCUAUAUAUGUAACAAGUGUGUUUUAGUACCUCUGAGAAAAGGAAGAUUUGGUUCUUCAUAUUUCCAUUUCAAUUGCGCUAAGUACCCACCGUCGGAGGUCAUUGAUGUUCCUCAGCACCAUGACCAUAAACUCAAGCUAGAGAUGGUGAAAAGUUGCUUCUCUUGUGCCACUUGUGGAAAGGAUAGUGAUGGAUAUUCAUACAAGUGUCAUGAAUGCGAUUUGAAGUUUCAUGUAAACUGCGAAAAGCAUCCGGCCGAGGUAACCCAUUUUUCCCAUCCCUUACACCCUCUAAAACUCGUCAAGGUUGAACCACCUGCUUAUACCGAUAAGAAAUGUCGUUUGUGUGGAGAAAAACUUGCUAAUUCUGAAGUCUUUUAUCAUUGUUCCGCUUGUAACUUUAGCUUAGAUCUCCAAUGUAUUUUUUAUCCACCAAAACAAAAUCCUCACGACCCAAACAUCCAUGGCCAUCAACUCACCCUUAUGCCAAAAUCCAUCUCUUUUUCUUGUACCUCUUGCGGGCUAAAAGGAGACCGGAGCCCAUAUGUAUGUCUUCCCUGUGAUUUCACAAGCCACAAUGAUUGCUCUGGAUUUCCAUGGGUCAUAAACAUCAACCGUCAUGACCAUCGCGUUUCUCGCACUUCUCUUAUUGGUGUGGUGAAUUCGGUAUGUGGAAUUUGUCGUAAGAAUAUGGAUUGGAGUUGUGGAGGUUAUUCUUGUAAGAGGUGUCCCACCUCAGUGUUUCAUACCAAAUGCGUUACUAGAGAAGAUGUAUGGGAUGGCAAAGAAAUGAAAGACGAACCUGAAGAAGAGGAAGAUAUUCUACCGUUCAAGGUUAUCGAUGAAAACACAAUACAACAUGUUAGCCAUAAAGAGCAUAACCUAAGACUUGACAAGUCUGGUAUCUUCAUCGAGGAGAGGAUUUGUGAGGCAUGUGUUUAUCCUAUCUAUCACCACUCUUUCUAUAGCUGCAUGAGUUGUAGUUUCAUUCUCCACGAGAGUUGCGCCUAUCUGCCUCUAUGGAAAAGACAUGUAGUAAGCAAUGACCGACAUAAAUAUAAAUAUUGGGAUUAUUUUAUAAGAUGUACGGCAUGUGGAUUGUUUUCCAAUGGUUUUAGAUACGAAGCAAUGCGCGCUUCAUUGGAUUUGCGAUGUGCUUCAAUUACUGAGCCAUUUGUCCACAAAAGUCAUCCUCAUCCCUUAUUUUACACAUCGCCACGAGGAAUCUGCAUUGUUUGCAAAAAAGAGGCACAACAUGUGCUCAGAUGCGUUGAAGAUGAUUGUGAAUACAUCAUGGACUACAAGUGCGCUCUUUUACCAUAUGAGGUAAAGCAUAGUGUGGACCAACAUUCUCUCUUUACGCUAUGGCGAAGAAGAUGCAGAUGGUAAAUAUUGGUGUGAUAUUUGUGAGAAAGAAACAGAUCCAAAAACAUGGUUUUACACCUCUAAAGAUUGUGAACUUACUUUGCAUACGAAUUGUGUGCUCGGCGAUUUCCGUGGUCUGAAGCCAAGAAGGAAAGAAACAAUCUACGUCCACGAUGUCAGUGUAUAUUUUGUGGUGGUUCGCAACAACAGUAUGUCUCGACCACUUUGCAAACAAUGCAAGUCUCGUUGCAUAUUCCCAGUCAUCUUGAAAACAUGGAAUGAAAGUUCCCUCCGUAAUGAAUAUUAUUGCUCUGAGUUGUGUUUGUAUUCCUAGUUUUGUUAUAUAUGUUGUUUUCCAGUUUAUACAUUUGAUGAGUUAUUUUGAUGUAUUUGACAGCGACCAUAUUUUCUUCUAUAUUUA